UUAACAUGCGCCACCAUUUCUCCUUUUAUUUUUAAAAAUAAUAAAUCAUCUUUUUUUUUUCUACUAACCCCCAAAAAAGUCUAUAUUUCUUGAAAUUACCCGAAACCCCAACGAAAUUUCCCACCCUAAUAUUUUCACACUGCGCGUAAAGUUCCUCGGUUUUAUUUUGUUGAACAAGAUUUCGAUUUAAUUGAUUUAUGAUCAAGUAUUGGUGAAAUUGAUCGAUUUGAUUUCGUCUUUGUUGCCGGCGAAUUCGUUGUAUGUUUUUCCGAUGACGAUGGCGGCGGCGGGGCAGCAGGAGGGUUUUAAUUUUGGUUUCAUGAAUUCUUCUAAUGAUUUCGGAGUUGGCAGCGGCGUCGGUGGGGGUGGGAUUGAUGAUGAUAAUUUUGCUAUUGAUGCUGAUAAUUUUGCUAUUGAUGCUGAUGCUUUCUUCAGUAUUCUCGAUGAGGAUCAUAUUCAAUCGCCGGCGGAUCUGUUUUAUCCAUCAACUGACAAUACCCAGGAAAGCGGUUCAGCUAUUCCUGUUGACGUUCAUAUGGAUGCACUGUUUUCAACAGAUUACGGUGCUGCAAGUGAAAAUAGUGCUGAGACAGUGGAGGCUAUAGAGCAACUUCCAUAUCCAUCUCCUCCAGAGAUGGUACUAAGUGAAGCUAAUGACACUUCAUUUAGCAAAAAUAUUACUGAAGCUAAUACAUGUCAAUUGCCCGCCUUUGCCGAGACAGAGUGUUUUCCAUCGGUUGCACAGGAUUGGUUCAGCAUAUAUAAAUUGUCUUCGGGUUAUCCUGAUCAAAAUUCCCUUGGUGGUGUUAACAUUGAUAUGAUCUCCACAAAGGAAGCAAUGAGGGGUAACGUGAAGAGUGAUUUAGAUGAUUCUCAGUCUUCUCAUCCAUGGCCGGAUACUAAGAUAACCUUAGAAGCUAGCCAAGUGGGAGCUAUGGGGUUCCCUGCUUCAGAAGUCCGUAUGUAUGAUUUUUUUGAUGGCAAGGGGCCUGAAUCAAUCUUCUGCAGUAACCGCCCUGCUCAGCACGUUGACACCAUACAUACUUUUGAUAAUAGUAGCGGUAGUACGACUACUGAUGAGACAUCAGCUGAGCCAUAUCCUUGGAGGCGGAUGGGCAAGUCAUGGAAUCAAACAGUUGAAACAAAGGAUGCAGAGAACAGCGGAACACUUCUACUGAGUAGCUUUGAGUGCAAGUCUUCUGAAGCAAACAAAGGUCCAUCAAGUAGAUUUCCUUUUGGUUCUGGUGAUGGGAAGUUCCUCAGCUCUGCUGAAGCUCAGUAUUCUGGCCAUGUAGCUGGUAGUCCUGCUGUUUAUCGUCUCAGUCCUCCCCAUGACAGAAAACUGACGAAAGUCCAGCUCUUGGAAGAUCCAUUAUAUCAUGCAGAUCUAUUUGCUAAAUUUAGCAGUUCAUAUUACAGUACUGAGAGAGAGGAUGUUAAGGUUCAACCUGCCACUGUAAAGCCUAAUAUAUCGAGAGGCACUCUGGAGGCAAGCCAAAGUUGUGUGUCAGAAAGCCGAAGUGACAUUGAUGACGGCAAUGAUUUGUGCAUAAUUGAGAAUUUGAGUGAACCUCCACGUAGAUACCCGUAUUCGGUUCAUGGAAAGUCUGUCUUCCCACAGCCCACAAUAGUUACUCCACAGUGUUCAACAUCCAUCACACCUUUUAAUCAAGCUGGUCCUAGUGGAACAAAAUCGAGGGCAAGUGAUGAACGCUUAAUUUUUCAGUCAUUAGUGCAGGAUCUCUCACAACCAAAGUCGGAGGCUUCCGCACCAGAUGGUUCCUUAGCUGUACCUCUUCUGAGACACCAGCGAAUUGCUUUGUCAUGGAUGGUGCAAAAAGAGACAAACAGCUUGCAUUGCUCUGGAGGAAUUUUGGCAGAUGAUCAGGGGCUGGGGAAAACUGUGUCGACAAUCGCUCUAAUUCUUACAGAAAGACCUGUGUCUGCUGGGCUGUCGAAGGUAAAGGGACACGGUGAACCUGAAACAUUGGAUUUGGAUGAGGAGGAUUGCAAACAAAUGGCAAAUAGUAUAACUUCUUCUUCAGUAAAGGGGAGGCCUUCUGCUGGAACUCUCGUAGUGUGUCCUACUAGUGUCCUUAGGCAGUGGGCUGACGAGCUUUCCAAUAAGGUCACUCCUGAAGCCAAUCUUUCCGUGUGUAUCUACCAUGGGAGUAAUCGGACAAAGGACCCUUAUGAACUGGCCAAAUAUGAUGUAGUUCUUACAACAUAUUCAAUCGUAAGCAUGGAGGUCCCAAGGCAGCCCGUUGUCCUUAAAAGCGGAAGUGACGGACGAAAAUCAGAGGUGGAAGAUGCAUUGGUUCAAUGUAAUAGAAAGAGAAAGCACUGUUCAACAUCUGAUAAAAGACGCUCCAAAAAAGGAAUGGACAAUGUAUCGGUCGAGGCUGUUGUUCACCCUCUUGCAAGGGUGGGAUGGUUUAGAGUUGUACUUGAUGAGGCCCAGAGCAUCAAGAAUCACAGGACUAGAGUAGCCCAAGCUUGCUGGGGUCUUCGUGCUAAACGUCGGUGGUGCUUGUCAGGGACACCUAUACAAAAUGCAAUAGACGAUCUCUACAGUUAUUUUAGAUUUCUCAAAUAUGAUCCUUAUUCUGUUUAUAACUCUUUCGUCUCCAUGGUUAAGUUCCAAAUCAGUAAAAAUCCGUCUAGAGGGUACCAAAAGCUGCAAGCUGUCUUGAAGAAUAUAAUGUUACGUCGCACGAAAGGUACACUUCUUGAUGGAAAACCAAUUAUAAACUUGCCACCCAAAUCUGUAAAGCUGAAGAAAGUGGAAUUCUCAGAAGAGGAAAGGGAUUUCUAUAGCCGGCUGGAAGCUGAUUCUCGUGCCCAAUUUCAAGCUUACGCGGACUCUGGAACUGUUAAACAAAAUUAUGUGAACAUUCUAUUGAUGCUCUUACGGCUUCGACAAGCAUGUGAUCAUCCCUUUCUUGUUAAGGGUUAUGAUUCUAGCUCCAUUUUGAUGUCUUCCAUUCUUACAGCAAAGAAGCUUCCUCGGGAGCAACAGAUUUCUCUUUUGAAUCGUUUGGAAGCUUCACUAGCCAUUUGUGGCAUUUGCAGUGAUCCGCCCGAGGAUGCUGUUGUUAGCAUCUGCGGUCAUGUAUUCUGUAACCAGUGCAUUUCUGAGCGUUUCACAGCUGAUGACAACUUGUGUCCUGCUGCAAGCUGCAAAUCAGAGCUAAGUGCCUCCAGUGUCUUCUCCAAGGGCUCAUUGAACAGUUGUCUGUCUGAUCAGGAUUGUCAGGAAGGCUCUCAUAUUUGUGCCACUGCUGGAUCUUCUGACCAAAAAGAGUUGAUUGAACCUUGUCCGCCUGGUCGAUUUGAGUCGUCUAAAAUUAAGGCUGCUCUAGAAGUCCUCAAUUCGCUUUCAAAACCCCGUGUUUCUGUUCCAAAGGAUGUUUCAAUGCAACCUGUUGUUACUGAUACAAGUCUCUUGGACAAACUCGAUUCUGCACCUUGUGCAGCCAAUAAUGGAAUAUCUAAUGCUACCGUUGGAUUGGUUAAUGGCAAUUCUGUCGUAAAAGAGAAAGCAAUUGUUUUCUCUCAGUGGACAAGGAUGUUGGAUCUGCUUGAAGAUUGUCUGAAGGAAUCUUCUAUUCAGUACAGGAGAUUAGAUGGAACUAUGUCUGUUGCUGCUCGUGAUAAAGCUGUGCGAGAUUUUAACACUCUUCCAGAGGUUACUGUUAUGAUAAUGUCAUUGAAGGCUGCAAGUCUUGGGCUAAAUAUGGUUGCAGCUUGUCAUGUUAUUCUUUUGGAUCUUUGGUGGAACCCUACUACUGAGGACCAAGCAAUUGACAGAGCACAUCGGAUUGGGCAGACUCGUCCUGUGACUGUAGUGAGGCUGACUGUGAAGGAUACGGUUGAAGAUCGAAUCUUAUCUCUUCAGCAAAAGAAGAGAGAGUUGGUUGCUUCAGCUUUUGGCGAAGAUGAAAAGGGUAGUCGUCAGAGUCGUCUUACAGUGGAGGACUUAUCAUACCUGUUUAUGGCGUGACUCCGGUAGUGUCAGUUUAGAUAUCAUAUACAUGUCAGAUCAGCUAAACACCAGUGAGUUUGUUUUUAGUUUCAACUGACAAUAGAUGACAUCGAUGAACAGAGUAGAAAGUUGGCUCCUUGAAGAAUAUAGGAUAUAGUACAGGAAUAGAAAUGAUUCAUUUUUAAGUUGAUUUGGUCAAAUGACCGUGCUUCUGUGAGCAUGUGAUAGACUUGCCUUUGUAUAGCAGUAUAGUUCUAGCAUGUUUAGUUUUGAACCACAGGAAUAGUUGGGAAUUACAUUUAAUGAAAAUCUAUUUUUUGUCAA